UAUGAUUAUUAGGAAAGUGUUAUAAAAGGGUUUUAGCACACUUUAUAAUCUGAAAUAAUUUAGACAUUAAGAAAUUCCACAAAAUGUAAGUGUAGAUAGAGAAUUUGGUGACACAAUUCUAUCAAAUGGUAUUAGAGUAUGUACAGAAUAUUGGCCAUCUGAAUUAGCACAGUAAUUAUAAUUAUUAAUAUUAAAAAGUAUUACUAUAUAUAUCAAAUGUGGAAGUAGAAAUGAAACAGAGGCAACAAGUGGAACAGCACAUUUUUUAGAGCAUUUACAUUUUAAAGUAGUUUAUUUAUUCAAUAUAUUUUUAGGGAACUGGUAAAAGAAGUAGAGAUCGAUUGGAAUGUGAUGUUGAGAAUUUUGGUGGAUAAUUGAAUGCAUAUACUUCAAGAGAAAAUACAUCAUAUACAAUAAAUGCAUAAAAAAAUAAGGCUGAAAAUGCUGUUGAAAUUCUUGGAGAUAUGCUCACAAAUUCAAUUUAUGCAAAAUCAGAUGUAGAAAGGGAAAGACAUACAAUUUAUAGAGAAUUAUUUGAAACUAGAAAAAUGUAAUUUGAAACAUUGAUUGAAAUAUCUCAUCGUUCAGUAAUGAUCUAAUUUUAUAUUAAAAGGCUUAUAAAAAUCAUUAAAUGUCAUUACCAAUCUUAGGUAAGAUUUAAAAUAUGUAUUCCAUUACAAGAGAUAUGAUAGCUGAAUAUCAUUAAAAUAAUUAUUAUGGAGAAAAUCUAAUAGUUUGUGGAGUUGGUAAUAUUUAAUAAGAAUAAUUAUGUGAAUAUGUCACUAAGCAUUUUAGUAAAAUUCAUAAAAAAAAGUAAUAACUUAAAAAAGAAAUUCCAGUUGAAUUUUAAAGUGAAGUAUUUUUAAUGUAAAGUGAAUUGACAGAAGAUAUUAAUGUAGGUUUAUUUUAUUAAGGACCAGAAUGGACUGAUCCUCAUUAUUAUCAUUUUUUAAUUUUGUAAAGACUUUUAGGAGAUAAACCAUAAAACUUUUUAGAAGCAGCAAUAUUUGAGUAAUCAAAUUUAAAUUCAUUUUAAAAACAAUUAUUAAAUUAUCCAGAAAUUACAACUUAAAAGGCAGUAUAUACUCCAUAUAAAGAUACAGCUUUAUUUGGGAAUUAUUUUUUAGUGAAUCCUAAUUAAUUGGAUUCUUGUAUUGAAGUUUCAAAGAAAAUAUUUGAAGAAUAUGGUAAUAAGGUAUCAUCUGAAGAAUUGUAAAGAUCAAAACGAAGAUUAUUUAUAGAAUUAUGUUAACAUGAAACAGGAAAUGAUAUCUCAUAAGCUAUAGCAAAUUAAAUACUUUAUUUUGAUAGAAGAGUUUAUAGAUAAGAAAUUGCAUAAAAUUUAGCAAAUGUGACAGAAUUAGAUAUAUAAAAUUGUGUUAAAAAUUGGAUAUUAGGAAAGUAACCAUCAUUAACAAUAUGGGGUAAUAUUGAUCCAGUAUUGAAAAAAUAUAAAUUCGAUGCAAGUUAAGUUGGAACACACUGAUAUCUG